UAAUUACGGGCCUGGUAAACCACGAUUGGAGCUGGAAGAUAGAAGAUAAGGCUCAGUCUCUCUGAUUCGCUCUAAUCUCCGAGCGACGCCGCAUCUCUGGAAGUAAAACUGCCAUGGGACAGGUCUUAGACAGAUUGCAAGGGAAGCAGUGGAGACAAAAGCAAGUGAGGAAAAUAACGGAUAAGGUGUUUGACCGUAUUUCAAAUCAAUCGGGAAAGGCUAAUUUGACGUUCGGAGAGUUAUACAUCGCAGUCCUGCUUGUGUACAAUGAUAUCAAUAAGCGUUUACCGGGACCCCAUUUUGAUCCCCCCCCCAAAGAGCAAGUCCAAGCUAUGAUUGAGACCUGUGACUUCAACCUUGAUGGAGAGAUUGAUAGGGUGGAAUUUGUGAAGUUUAUCGAGGAGCUGACAACUCACACACUCAUUGCUGUUAGUCAAGGGCUUAUCCUCACUUUGGUUGUGGCACCAACCGUUGCAAUGGCAACCAAAAAGGCUACUGAGGGUGUCCCGGGAGUUGGGAAGGUGGUGCAGAGGAUACCGAAUUCAAUUUAUGCAUCCCUCGUGACUCUUGCACUUGUGCUGUUUCAAAAAUCACAAGAGGAGUCCGAUUAGGGGGUUUAUUCCUUUCGAACUCAGUUUAUCUUGUGAAUAUUGUACGUGUGAUCACUGGUAUUUAGUUUCAUCCUAUUUGUAGAUUGGGAUAUUGUUCCAUCGGAUAUUAUCCAUGGGAUUGAAAUUUAUCUUUUUUAUGUCAGUCGUUGUGAUUAACUCCUAAUGCAAGCAGUGAUUACGAAAUAAGCAAAAUGUUGCUUGUGAGCUUAAAUAAAACUCCAAAUGGGGGGCUUUGAUAUCUGUCA